AUGCGCUCGCUCUGGCUUACUGCGUUGCUGCCCCUUGCGGCUGCCGACUGGCAAUUCAAGUCGCGUCCUGAUCUGGCGCCUCCCAGACUAAACAUCACCAUUCCGGCAGCACCCGAUGUGGAACAGGGAUAUCUCUUUAUUGCUCCCUUCGCAGGCUUCGCGGAUGAGGCCGGGGAAAUGCAUGGCCCUCGUCAGGCAGCUCCCUACAUCUUUCGUGAUGACGGGGAGUUGAUUUGGUCGGGUUAUGGGUAUUACUCUAUCUGGGCGACGAACUUCCAAAAGGCCCGCUGGAAGGGCAAAGAUAUCCUCUUCAGCUUUGAGGGAGAUCACAAUGCGGGCUACGGCCAUGGUCAUGGCCAUACUACUAUCUUGGAUCAGCAUUACGAGACCAUUCGUGAGCUGCGUGCCGGGAACCACAAGCUGACUGACAAGCACGAAUUCCACAUCAUCAAUGAGGAAACCGCUCUCAUUCAGAUUUACCAGCCCGUCCCAAAGGAUCUCACUCGAUGGGGUGCAAGCCCUGAGCAACAGUGGAUUGUCGAUGCUAUCAUCCAAGGUAACCACCAGUAUCCCAUAUCCGUUGAGCGUGAAACUAAAGUUGGCAUAGAGCUCGACAUAGAAACUGGGGAGCUUCUCUUCGAGUGGUCUAGUUUGGAUCAUGUGCUUCCUGACGAGGCCAUCCUCCCCAUCAAUCCCGGGCAAGCCGGCUCCGGUUACAACUCGUCGGAUGCGUGGGAUUACUUCCACAUCAACUCCGUCGACAAAGAUGUGGAGGGCAACUAUCUCAUUUCCGCCCGCGAUGCCUGCGCAGUCCACAAAAUCAACGGCUCCACUGGCGAGGUUAUCUGGCGCCUUGGUGGUGUCAAGUCCGACUUCGAUCUUGGGCCCAAUGUAAAAUUCUGCUUCCAGCAUCACGCGCGCUUUGUCUCUCGGGACGGUGAUAAAGAGGUCAUCUCACUGUAUGACAACUCUGCGCACGGGACUGAGAACGGCCGUGGUAGCGAAGUCCACACCCAUCCCUUCUCCCAGGGCAAAAUCAUCGAGGUCAACACCGCUACCUGGAAGGCUACGAUUGUCCAAGCAUUCCAGCCUCCCGAUGGCCUCUUGUCCAAGUCUCAGGGGAGUACUCAACUCCUCCCCAACGGCAACGUUCUCGUUAACUGGGGCUCCGAAGGUGCUCUCACCGAGUUUCGUCCUGACGGUACCCCUAUCUUCCAUACCUACAUGGACUCGGGUUUCCUGGGCUUGGGCGUUGAGAACUACCGUGGCUUCCGGUAUAACUGGACCGGUCUUCCGAACGAAACGCCUGCCAUUGUUUCUCUCGAGAAUGAUCAGGGUACUACUGUGUACGUUUCUUGGAAUGGAGAUACCGAAACCAAGGUCUGGCGCUUUUACCAAGUUACAGAUGACUAUGGCUCGCGGCAAUACCUUGGUGAAGCCAAGCGUACUGGUUUCGAGACCUCCUUUUCCCUCAAGGCCGGCACUGUUCAUACGGUGUCUGCGGAAGCCAUCGGAGCUAACGGUCGGAUCCUGACUUCCACCGGUAUUGUAAAGACACAGGCUGAGAUUUUGCCUCCAGUCAAAGGAUCUGAUGCAUCCUCGCCAGUUUCGCUUCUGGACAAGAUGCAGCCUCAGGUCUACUUGGGUCAAACGAGUCGCUGGGAGGAGUACAUGAUCCUGAAGGUCGAUCGCUUUCAUCUGGAUUAA